GGGAACCCCGCCAAAAUCUCGGUCUUUGAGGGAAGGAUGGAUUUUGCUGUAAUUUAUAUAUAUGUAUGCGCGGCGACGAUAUAUUUAUAAGUGAAAGCUUGCUUGUUGAAUUAAUUUGACGAAUAUUCAUUUUUAUUAUUAUUAAUAACGAAAAAUAUAAUAGCAGAAUGGCUCGGUUGACAAUUAGAGACGCCGGAUACACUCCAGGACAAUUGCCCUCGGGCCCGAAAAACUCGAUCCUUGACGUGCCAGGUGUCCACGUCGGCCAAACCACCGUCGGAGACGAUGGCGAUGACGUCCGCCACGGUGUGACUGUCAUCCUACCCCGCCACCCCGACGACAUUAACACCCCCUGCUACGCCGGCACGCACACGCUCAACGGCAACGGAGAAGUCAGCGGCUCUUUCCAAAUCAAAGACUGGGGCUUCAUCAAUACCCCCAUCGCCCUCACCAACUCCCUCAGCUUCGGGACAGUCUUCCAGGAGGUAUGGCAAUGGAUUCUACAGCGGGCGCGCGACAAGGGGAUGUCGUUGAAUGAUAUAAGCCACGAUUAUGGGACGCCGAUUGUGGCAGAGACGGCAGACUGGUGGCUCAACGAUGUGCAUAACUCAGCGCUCAAGCCGGAGCAUGUGCAUAGUGCUUUUAAGAGGGCGCUCGAGCAGGAGAACGUUGAAGAGGGACAGUAUGGUGGUGGUGCCGGGAUGACGUGUCACAUGUUCCCAGGAGGGACGGGGACCAGCUCCAGAGUCGUGAAGUGUAAAGAUGGGAAGACGUAUACGGUUGGGAUCUUGUGCCAGACAAACUACGGACACACACACGAUAUGCAAAUAGCUGGGGUCCCAGUUGGAAAGCUACUGUUGAAGGAUAGGAAGCUGGCAGAAGAGAAGGCUGUGAAGACCGCCAGCGGCAAGGUCGAUGAGGGCAGCAUCGUGAUUAUUCUUAUCACGGAUGCGCCAAUGCUCCCACAUCAGCUCAAUCGCCUCGCGCGACACUGCGCCGUUGGCCUCGCGCAGGUUGGAGGCCACGGUAUCGGGACUAACUUCUCUGGCGACAUUAUGCUUGCCAUCUCGAAUGGGAACAAGACCAAUGAGAAGAUCUCAGGCGAGCGCGUCAACGGCAUCGCGGACGUAGAGGUUAAUCAGAUCGAGAUCCUCAAGAGCGAGAGCGUGGAUACGAUGUUUAGGGCUGCAUCUGAAGCGACGGAAGAGGCGAUCUUGAACUCGCUCGUUGGAGGGAGGGCAGGAAGGACUGGGUUUAACGGCUUACACUUGGGGGGGUUCCCGGUGGAGAGGGUGAAGGAGCUGCUUGGGAAGUAUCGUGUGGUUGUUUGAUAUGUCUUUAGCUAUUUACUGUAGCAUACUCCGAAUU